AUGCGUUACACGAGAAAAAGUUUUGAUUUUGUUCAAAUUAAAAAUAAAUGGAAAGAAAUUGAUACUGGAUAUAGUUAUUGUUGUGAGAAUAAAUGUAUAAACACAAACAACCCUGUUGGUACUUGUAUUAAAGGGAAUGGAUUUGGAAAUUUAAUUAGUGAUGAAAAUAUUAAAUAUUUAAAGGGGAAAGGAGGUUGUGAUAGACAAUUUGUAGUUAAUUCAGAAAAUUUGCUCAAAAAGCCUCAAAAUUGUUUUAAACAUUCUUUAUAUUAUUUUGAAAUUAAAUGUGUGCUAUUUGAAGGGGAGGUCAAUCAGGGAGUAAAGUUGAUGAGUAUUGGUCUUAAAAAUUGUAGUACAAAUAAAUAUAUUUACUUUUCUGCAACGGAAUCUAGCAUUUAUAACGAGAAAUCAACAUCAUUUAACCUUUCAAUACUCUUCAAUUAUAACGAUUAUUUUGGGUGUGGAUUAGUCUAUCCUCCAACUAAUAAAUUAAAUGAAGAAUUUCCUUAUAUUUUCUUUACACAAAAUGGAAAACAAAUUGGUAAAGGUAUAAUAUUGAAAGAAAAUUUCGACUCAUAUAAACCAUGUGUUUGGCUGAAUACGUGUUCAAUUGAAUCUAAUUUUGGCAAUGAUUUGAAGACUAAUCCUUUUAAAUAUGACAUUUCGAAACAUUUAGUUAUUAAAGAAUUUUAUUGA